CAGUCACAUUCUCUCCCCCAACUCCUUUGAGCCAUGCAUGUCCACAUAACUCCUUCAUGUCCACAUAACUCCUUCACCUACACUGCAUCUCUAUUCUCUAGACUUUGAAAAGUUCAAGUCUUUCAUUCUUAUCACCGAUCUUCUUUUCUUGGGUAUUCAUUUUUGUUUAUAUAUACCCAUCGUCUUUUUGUUCCUUCUUCCAAUUCCACAGCAAAAGAAGAACAAUCCCUCGUGGCCUUUUUAUCCACAUGAACUCUUUAGCUUUGCUCGUCUUCUUCUUUUCUGUUAUUAUCGAUCAAGCUCAGUCUGAACACUUCUUGUUUGAGGGAUUCAGUGGAAGUGAUGAAAAGGGUAGGCUUUUUCCUGAGGGAGCUUCCAUUUUAAAGCCUAAUGGCGCCUUGAGGCUCACUAACAAAACCAGAAACGCCAUAGGACAUGCGUUCUAUUCCAAAGCAAUACAAAUGUUUAAUACAACAUCGCCAAAUUCCACUUCUUUCAGCUCGUACUUCGUCUUCUCAAUUGUCCCUCCAGCCUCAGGUCAAGGUGGUUUCGGCCUAGCUUUCACGAUCGCUCCUUCCUACCAGAUCGCAGGAGCUAAGCCUGGCCACUACCUUGGUCUCUUCAAUGAGUCGAAUAAUGGCAAAGAAUCAAACCAUAUUGUCGCAGUUGAAUUCGAUACUGUCAGAGGUUACAAUGAGGUAUCAGACAGAAAUGGAAACCAUGUCGGAAUCAACAUUAACAGCAUGGAUUCCAACACAUCGAAGCCAGCUGGUUACAUUAUCGACGACCCAUUAAAAGUACUCGAUCUAGACAUGCAUAACAGUGAUCCAAUUCAAGCCUGGGUAGAAUAUGAUGGUACGAGAAAAGUUAUGAAUGUUUCAGUAAGUCCCAUGUGGGAAUCGAAACCAAUGGAGCCACUCCUUCAACUUCAUGUUGAUCUAACACAAAUUGUGAAGGAGUUUAUGUAUGUCGGAUUUUCUGCUGCUACAGGGGACACAGCAAGCUCUCAUUACAUCCUAGGAUGGAGUUUUUCCACGACCGGAGCAGCCCCUUUAUUGAAUCUCUCUCGACUACCUAUGCCUCCAGUGGACAAAGAAUCAUCGUCUUUCCAAUUCUCAGUGAUUGCUCUUAUCGUCUCUUUGAGCGUCUUGAUUGUUAUCUUGUCUGGGAUACUGAUCUUUCUCACGGUUCACAAAAGAAUGGGAAGAUUUGAGAGUCUGGAAGAUUGGGAAUUGGAGUGUCCACACAGGUUUCGUUAUUGUGAUCUUUAUACAGCAACUAAAGGUUUUAAAGACAGCGAGAUCAUCGGAGCUGGAGGGUUCGGUAUAGUUUACAAAGCUGUAAUGCCUAGUACUGGAAAUGAAGUUGCUGUUAAGAAGAUCAGUCGUAAUAAUCCGUUUCAAGGGUUGAAAGAAUUUAUAGCAGAGAUUGAAAGCUUGGGACGAUUGAGGCAUAAGAACUUGGUCAAUCUUCAAGGAUGGUGCAAAAAGAAAAAUGAUCUCCUUCUAAUCUAUGACUACAUUCCAAAUGGAAGCCUCGAUUCUCUCCUCUUCCAUUCUAAAAACUCCUUGAGCUGGGAACAGAGAUUAAAUAUUGUUAAAGGCAUCGCCUCAGGUCUGUUGUAUCUGCAUGAAGAAUGGGAACAAGUGGUGAUUCACAGAGACGUCAAAUCUAGCAAUGUCCUUAUAGAUGCAGAAAUGAACGGCCGAUUGGGAGACUUUGGUCUAGCAAGGCUAUAUGAUCAUGGCAUAAAUUCGCACACCACAAAUGUCGUCGGAACUAUAGGUUACAUUGCGCCGGAACUUGCACGAACAGGGAGGGCCUCUACAAGCUCAGAUGUGUUUGCAUAUGGGGUUCUACUUCUUGAAGUGGCUACAGGAAGGAGGCCUAUUGAAUCAGGGCAGUUUAUAUUGGUAGAUUGGGUAGUGGAAUGCCAACAAAUAGGAAGAAUUCUUGAGACAGUAGAUCCAAAGUUGGAAUCGAGAUAUGUAGAAGAAGAGAUGAAGUUGAUUUUGGAAUUGGGUCUUCUUUGUUCUCAUCAGAACGCAGAAUCGAGGCCUACAAUGAGACAAGUUAGGAGGUAUCUUGAUGGAGACGAGAAGCUUCCUGUAAUGGAGGAAAUGGGUUCAAAUGAUUCUAGUCGGCUGAGUGAAAUCAAUGGGAGAUUGAUGCAACUGAGUUGCAUAGAAAUGACAAGCACAUCUUAUCAUUCAUCUUCUGUUGGAUUCAUGUCCACAAAUUCAAUAGAUGACGGAAGAUAGUAGCUCUUAGAUGUUACUGCUUUGUACUUUUAUUAUUAUUCUGGUAAAAGAUGAGUAGAAGCUGAGAAAAAACUGCACAACACCUAGGUAGUUCUAUUGAUUGGGACAGUUAUGUCCUACUGCAGCCUAAUUGGGACAUUUAACUACAUUUUAAUUAAUUAAUUAAUUGAAGGGUUUCAUUUGACUUGUAGUUUUGGCAUGUCAUUGUUCAUCUCCAAUUGUUCUGGAAAUUGGAAUAUUGACUAUUGAGAAUAUUUUUCUUCCCUGACCUGGUGCUAAUAAGGCAAAAUUUUAAUGAAUGAUCCGACAAUAAUUUUAGGGU